AUGUUCGCCCGACCUCCCAUGAAUGACAAAAAACGGGGAAUGUCUGGACAUCACUCUAAGUGUUGUCUCCAUGACCGUAUUGUCUCUGAGACCCCGUCGGCUUGUGAGGUUAAUCUUGAGUUCAAUGACUCAAAGGAUCCAAUUGUUGUCCGAGAUGCGACAAUUAUUAAGAAACUUGGAAAUAUUCAUAAAGUUCUAGAGGCUAAUAAUGCCGAUUGGGAAACCACUAUUGCAAAUGUUUUAGUGAAGAUUCCAUUCAAAAGAGAUCUUGGAGACUUCCUCAUCAGAUACCUCCAGAAGCAUGAGAAAGUGUCAAAGUGCGAAGGACGAAUUACAGUUAUCGAUUAUCCAGAAGCCAGCGAAAAGAGUAUCGAUGAGUUGAAGGAGAUCAUCCAAUUCGCCCACUUCAUGAAGUGUUUCGAUUUUAUGAACUGUGUGGUACUCAGCAUUGAGAAGAAGCUUUUUGGACAGUGGAUUAUGAAUCCGGAUAGGAGUGCACCAUUCAAUCCAGAUGAGGGAGGAUGGAUUCUUCCUCCAAACGUCAUUGAGGAGGAAACUUUUAUUUUCUGA